AUGGCACACCUCUAUCCCAUGUUGCAUACCUUCCUCUCCUUCUGCGGUCCCCACUUGGGCACACUCUAUAGCACCUCAGGCCUCGUCUCCAUGGGUAUGUGGGCUCUACAGAAGCUGAAAAAGUCUCGAAGUCUCCUUCAAUUACGUCUGCGCGACAACCCCGACCCCCGGGAGACCUUUAUGUACGCGCUCAGCGCGGGAGAGGGAUUCGAUCGAUUCCGCUAUGUCCUCCUUGUCGCCAGCCCCCAGGACCACUAUGUUCCGCAUCACUCUAGUCGCAUUGAGCUCUGCCGGGCAGCCCUGCAGGAUCCCUCCGAAAUUGGCAUAGUAUAUAUGGAGAUGGUGGCAAACAUUCUUCAGCGGAUGAUCAAAAGCGGCCGUACCACAGUGGUGCGCUACGAUGUGCACUACGAGGUACAGAGCUCCGCCAACCACUUCAUCGGUCGCGCCGCGCAUAUCGCUGUUCUCGACUCUGAUGUCUUCAUGGAGAAGUUCUUCUGUGUCUCAGCCGCCAAGUACUUCCGUUGCGAUGACAUUGAGGAUGGCAGUGGAAGUGGUGAACUAGGAACCGAUGAUCCGUCUGCCUCUUCUUUAUCCCUCACCUUCGAUGCUCCCCCCUUGCAAAAGGAGGCUGACGUGCUCACCCACAUUCCACCGAAUUAG